AUGAGCACGGAUGCAUCGUCGUCUACCAGACCAAAACGACAGCUCGUCAAGGCCGCAUGUCAGUCAUGUCAGAGGCGCAAAGUAAAAUGCAGUGGUGAGCGACCUAUGUGUAUGCUCUGUCAACAAAGAGGUCAAUCUUGUGUCUACGACUCGGAAGCAGGCAUAUCACGAGUCGAAGGCGUGCGUCGUCGAAACAAGGAGUUGGGCGAACGGAAUUCUGACUAUGAACUUGUCUACAACGCUUUGCAUGCUACACCAGAGAUGGAAGCCUUCGAACACCUUCGUCGGCUGAGGGAGUGUCCAGAUGUAGAAACCUACGCCAGAACGCUCCGCAAAUCGCGACCACCUUCGAGAAAACGACCCUCGGACCAACUCCUGGAAGACGGCGCACUUUCCAACCUGUCGCCCAUGUCGGCCCAGUCUCAAGACCAACAAGACGGCGAUUCCAACUUGUACACAGACUCUCUCUCUAUCACAGACUACACAAGCCCGACGCAGCAAGCUCCUUUGAUGAUCGAUCCUCGCCUCGGUCAGCAGACCCUGUACAGUUUCCCAGGCACCAAUGGUUCGACUUUACAGAGCCUUACUUAUGCUAACUCCUUCUUAGANGCAGAGAUCUGGCCGUUCCAGGACUCGUCUCAUAUCCAACAAGAAUCCUACCAAGCCAACGUUCAAGACUGGACGAAGACAGAUGGUCAAGCCGGACCAUCGCAGAAUCCUUAUCUCUACAACCCGCAGAUGUCGCAAACCCACUGGACGAAUGGAAACGUUGACCCUGGCACUGGACAACCAAUGGGUCGAAGGCAGUCGGGAUUUGGGGGCUGA